CUCUUCUGAGUCUAUCGUUCUAAACACGCGAUCCUUCUUAUCGUAACUGAUUCCGACCACGGUAGCGACGACAGCCUCGGUAUCAAUCAACGCGUGCGUUUCUACUUUGGCCUUCAUCUACUCUUAAUCGCGAAGCGACUUUUAGCAGGCUACCUCCGCGGAUUUGACCCCCCUGGUCUCGUUCGACUUCGCUUCCCCCUUUCCGUAUAGGCACGGGCAUGAUUUAAUAACCGUUUUCGAAUUCUCUGUAAUUACGCUUGGCGCUUCGCACGUCACGAUGCUCAUGACACAGUCCGCAGUGUCGGCAAUAGUAACAAACCAAAAAGAUAACACGUACAAUUCGCGGAAUAGGUCUCGAUCUAACACCCUCGAUAAGAAUCCCGAUUCUGCUAUUGAGCUUAGGAACCCGGCAUCGUUGGAUCGUUCCAGCGGUGACCGUGCUUACUCAUACAACAUGAACGGCAUACUAGGUACCGCGCCUCCUGGCACGUUAUAUGUACGAGCGCUCUACGAUUACGAGGCCGAUGAUCGAACGAGCUUAAGUUUUCACGAGGGCGACAUAAUUCAGGUCAUUACCCAGUUAGAAAGCGGAUGGUGGGACGGUGUGAUCAACGGGGUCCGCGGUUGGUUUCCAAGUAACUAUUGUCAGAUCAUCGAGAACCCCGAAGAGAUUCCCGAGCAUAUGCAGAAUGUUGAUGGAGACAAUGGAGAUGACGAGCUGGAGGACCAGGUAGCAUAUGACGAAGAGCUUGAGGAUGAUUUGGAGUCGGAUCAAGAUGAAUUUAACGGGUUGCCCCUCGAAGGCACGAGGACUUCGGGAAAAUCUGGCGCCGACUUUUGGAUACCUCAAGCUACGCCCGACGGUAGACUAUUCUAUUAUAACACUAUGACCGGAGAGAGUAGCAUGGAGCUUCCGUUAGAAUCGCCAACUUCUUUCAAUGAAAAUGGGCCGCGGGAUCGAAUGAACGUAAAUAUGGUAGAGAAGACGCGGCUACCCCCAGAGGUAAUGGCCAGGGGUUUAAUGCAGGAUGAAGAUGAGGACUCGGAAGCAACAUCCGCUUCAGAGCUCGAAGGUGAAUUGCUCAGUAAAAGCUCUAUGAGUUCUUUGCCUUCGCGACGUCGCGGCUACGACAGCGUCGGGGUCUCUCCUUCGCCAUCCAUGGACUCCAUGAAUGGUUCUCAGGGGGGGAUACGAUCACGGACUGAUACCUACAUCAACACCAACGUCCCAAUGUCUACAGUAGGCGGUUUAGCACCGACAUUGGCUUCUGCGACGUCUUUUACUGGCGCUAGUUUUAACCUACCUCAAGCAGCUACGAUACCUCGUUCUUUCUUUGACGAUGGCACCGCGCAGCCUUUAUCGUGGAACCUCCUCAUAGCAAAUAUGAAGCGCGCUAUCGACCGCUAUCGAGAUGCGAUCACGAGUAACAAUCGGUCAGAAUAUGUUGCUCGUGCAGAGGAUAUAUCUGAUCAUUUGCGAUUGCUCUUGGCUGCUGGUUCUGGUACCACUGACAACCACUCUGGUCAGCCUUCUAUUAUUUCGACGAACAAGGCGCUUUAUCCUCAUUUCCGAGACAUGAUGUCCAAGUUUUCCAAACUUGUCAUCUCUUCUCACAUAGCCGCAGCUGAUUGGCCGAACGCCGAGUCUGUGCAGAAGUGUAUGCAAGAAGCCGAUGGUGUACUAGGGGGAGUUUUCAGCUUUGUCGAAGUCGCGAGACAGCAGAGAGGCGAGGAAAUCCCGCGAUUGUUUCCCGGGUUCGUCAUAGGCAGCACCACCGGAGGAAGUUGGCAAAACAAUGGACUUGGUCCCCGUGACCCCAUUACAUCGAAUUUCUUGGAGGAUGAUGAGGGUUAUGCCGAGCCGACCGCAAAUUUGGACGGGAAACAUCUCGAAAGGCUCGAUGAAUAUAAGAGGAUGCUAGUUUCUAGCAUUAGGGAGCUGGAAAAAUACCUCGGUUUAUCUGACAAGAUAGUGUCACCAUAUAAGCAUGAGCUCAUCGGCAACAAUGUCUGCAUUGCAGGCGCGAAAGUUCUGGAGAUGUUCAAGCCUUGGAUUGCGAUGAUUGAGUCUAUUGACCUUUCAUCUCUAGAAAAUACCUUUCAGACGCCCCAACUUGCCGACUUCAGCACCUAUAAGCAAAGUCUCUACGACAAUAUAUCCGACCUUAUAUUAGGAUGUCAGGCAGUUGCUGGUCCUUUAGGUGAUGAAUGGUCUGAGGUUCGCGGCGAGUCAUUAGAAGGCAGGCUUGAGUAUGUCAAGCAAUGCGCAAGGACUCUGGAAACGAAUUCUUCCCAUAUCGGCUUUUCUCUUCAGCUCCUCUCUGAACAGGUUCAAUUUAACCUACAGCAGCAGCAUGAAGUUCGCAUGCAGGAAGACGGCCUACAGAGAGGUCCACCUAGAAGAGAUCCGUUAUUCUCUUCCAACUCGAUGCAUAUGCGCUCGGACUCGAACUACUUAGCAAAUAUCAGACCUCCUCUAAUAACUUCAGCAUCCUAUUCCGACGAACCCACCAGUUUCCCCCGGAAGGCCGGUAACAUGUCCAAAGCUGCGAAGCUCUUGGGAGAGAAUUCUAUUGCUGUAACUGCCCAACCAGUUGAGGAAACGCCACCAUUCUUACGGCUUGACCUCGAGAAUGACUUGUCCUGGGAUCUCAAGGCAGCACAGCCAGCAGUCAAGGGUGGCUCAUUGUUGGCGUUAGUCGAGCAACUCACAAGACACGACAAGUCUGACUUCAGCUUUAACAACACAUUCCUUCUGACAUACAGGUCUUUCACUACGGCACGAGAACUGUUCGAACUUUUGGUCAAACGCUUCAAUAUACAACCGCCAGAGGGAUUGAGCAACAAUGACUACGACAUGUGGAGGGAUCGAAAGCAGAAGCUGAUCAGAUUCCGUGUGGUGAACAUUAUUAAGAGUUGGUUCGAAAAUUUCUGGAUGGAGGAGCCGACCGACGAAACGAGGCAACUAAUCCGCGACGUGUACGCAUUCGCAAGGGACACCGUCAAAUCCACAGAGACGCCCGGCGCCAAUAAUCUCAUGGCUGUCUUAGAUCAACGACUUAGCGGCAAAGAAAUAUCAUCCAAACGCAUGAUACAGACAUUUAACAACAAUGUUCCGCCGCCAAUCAUGCCUAAGAAUAUGAAGAAGCUAAAAUUCCUCGACAUCGACGUUACCGAAUUUGCCCGCCAGUUAACAAUCAUCGAGUCGAAGCUAUAUGGCAAGAUCAAGCCAACAGAAUGUCUCAACAAGACAUGGCAGAAGAAGGUUGGCGAAAAUGAACCGGAACCUGCACCAAAUGUGAAAGCACUGAUCCUGCACUCUAAUCAAAUGACAAACUGGGUUGCCGAGAUGAUUUUGGCUCAGAUGGACAUUAAGAAGCGAGUAAUUGUCAUAAAACAUUUCGUCUCAGUCGCCGAUAAAUGUCGGAGUCUUAAUAACUUUUCCACGUUAACGUCAAUCAUCUCAGCCCUGGGCACCGCCCCUAUUGCUCGCCUAAAGCGAACCUGGGAUCAGGUACCAGCCCGAACUCAAGCCGUCCUCGAGACAAUGCGACGCCUAAUGGCGAGCACGAAGAAUUUUGGCGAGUAUAGAGAGGCUUUGCAUGCCGCAAAUCCGCCAUGCAUUCCUUUCUUUGGCGUAUAUCUUACUGAUCUUACCUUUAUUGAGGACGGUAUUCCUUCGAUUAUCAAAAAGACGAAUAUGAUUAAUUUCGCCAAGCGUGCGAAAACGGCGGAAGUCAUCCGCGACAUUCAGCAAUACCAGAAUGCGCCUUACUCACUUCAGCCCGUUCCAGAACUACAAGAUUAUAUCUUAAGCAAUAUGCAAGCAGCCGGGGAUGUGCAUGAGAUGUAUGACAAGAGUUUAACCGUAGAACCACGUGAGCGUGAAGACGAAAAGAUUGUGAGGGUACUGGCCGAGUCUGGUUUCCUAUGAGCCAGCUUGUCCCAUGACAGGCUGUGCUCGGCAAAUCCCCGUUUGACCUCUCAAACUGAGCUGUGUAUAAAAUAGCAGAAAGGCUUUC